GCGUAGUUCGCACGUGUCGGAGGGCGCGGGCGGUCGGAAUCAUGUGGUCAUGGGCGGCCUGGGGCAGCCUCCUCGUCGCCGUCGCCGCCGCCGUGGCCGCUCGCAGGAAGUCGCGGCCGGAGCGGGAAAUUGAGGCGGACGGGCGCGUCGUGGUGGUAACCGGGUGCGACAGUGGCAUCGGGUACGCCCUGGCGCUGCGGGCGCGGGCGUGGGGCUUCACUGUGAUUGCCACUUGCCUCUCCACCCUCUCAAUCCCCGCCCAGCAGCUUCAAGAUGCGGGCGUGAUCGUCGUGCACCUCGACCUGCGCCGAAUGGAGGGCGUCGAGCACCUGAAGAAAACGAUCGCGCGCCUUCAGGAGGAGCGGAAGAAGCUGUGGUGUCUAGUGAACAAUGCUGGAGUUCUGACCUACGCGCAUUGUGAGUGGCAGACGACUCCCAUGGUGACCAGCCAGGUACUUGUCAACUUGACCGGGGCCAUUCUCCUCACCCGCGACCUUCUGCCCGUCCUCAGGAGGAACAAAGGUCGUGUGGUGAACGUGUCCUCUCCUUCCGGCCAGCUGGCGUCGCCCUUCAUGAGUGUUUACUGCGCGAGCAAGUGGGGUCUGGAGGGGUACAGCCAGGCCCUUCGUCGCGAGGUGGCGCCCUUCGGAGUCUCCGUUGUUGUGGUCCGCCCUUGCAACCUCCCCAACCGCACGGGCAUCCUGGUGGCCAACGCGGACCAGCUGCUCACCAUGAUGGCGGAGGCGGCGCCCGAAACCCGCGAGGACUACGGGCCUAUGAUCGAGCGGAUGCAGAGGACCUUCCAGCAGUGCUUCGAGGGCGUGUCCGAGGUGCAGGAUCUCCGCGACGAUUACCUGAUGCAGUGCUUUAGAUAUGCCAUGAUACUGGAACGGCCCGAAGCUGUAUAUUCUGCAGCGCCAUUGGUCGUGAGGUUCGCCCUGUCGCUGUUCCAAGUCAUUCCUACAUCCUGGUUAGACGCCGUCGUCGGCAGAGACCUCCAUAACUCUGUGCUGAGCCUCGCCGCGAACCAAUAGUCGGGUCGGCCGGGUCGAGGGGCCUCGCGGGCCAUUCCAUGCUAUCUAGUGCAUACACAU